UAGUUCUUGGGAGAGGAGCUGGUCUGCCCGAGGAAGAGCCGUGGCCAGAAGCCGGGAGCCUUUCUCUCUCUUCCCUCCAUGUUUCUCCUCCUUCCUCAGGAACAACGGCGGCGGCGGCGGAGGAGGAAGAGGGAAAUGGCCAAAGACUAGCAGCCAAAGCCCGGCGAGAGGCGGCUACAUUUGUUUCCCUCCUGGCAACCUCAGGAAGGAAGGAGAGAAGGAGGGAGGGAAGGAAGGAAGGAGGGAGGGAAAGGGGAAAAGGAGGGAAAGAGGGAGGAGGUCUCUGCCUGCCCCCCACCAGCCCCUUUCGCCUUGCCUUGCCUGGCUCCGACUUUGUUGGGCUGCUGCGAGGGGCGAGUGUGACUCCAGGCGGGCCUCCCCUCCCCUCCCCUCCCUCUUUUGCAGGCGCACCCUCCCCCUGACACCCUCCCAGCCAGCUCCCCUCUUCUUCUCCAGGGCCUUCUUCUUCCUUUCCCUUUCCCCCCUCCACCUUUUCCUCUUCUCCCUUCUUUGGGGGAGGCGAGCAUCUUCUUCGUGCCCUCCCUUCCCUUCCCUUCUUCUUUUUGAGGGGGUCCAAGGGAGGCCUGGCCGCCGCGGGGCUGGGGGUUGCUUCGGACUCGGAGCGGGCGGCGGGGCGGGGAGCAGGAGGAGGAGGAGGGCCAGGAGGAGAAGGAGGCGAAGGCGGCGAAGAGGAGCCCAUGGCGCGCCCCAGGCCCCGAGAGUACAAAGCCGGAGACCUGGUCUUCGCCAAAAUGAAGGGCUACCCGCACUGGCCCGCCCGGAUCGAUGAACUCCCUGAGGGAGCUGUGAAGCCUCCAGCCAAUAAGUACCCUAUCUUCUUUUUUGGGACUCAUGAAACUGCAUUUUUGGGGCCGAAAGACCUCUUCCCCUACAAAGAAUACAAGGACAAGUUUGGGAAGUCAAACAAACGAAAAGGAUUUAAUGAAGGCCUCUGGGAAAUAGAAAACAACCCUGGUGUCAAGUUUACUGGAUACCAGGCAAUUCAGCAACAGAGCUCAUCAGAAACUGAGGGCGAAGGAGGGAAUACGGCAGACGCCAGCAGCGAGGAGGAAGGUGAUCGGGUAGAAGAAGAUGGAAAAGGCAAAAGAAAGAAUGAAAAAGGGGGCUCAAAACGGAAAAAAUCCUACACUUCAAAGAAAUCUUCUAAGCAGUCACGGAAAUCUCCAGGAGAUGAAGAUGACAAAGAUUGCAAAGAGGAAGAAAAUAAGAGCAGCUCUGAUGCUGGGGAAGCAGGCAACGACACGAGAAACACCUCUUCAGACUUGCAGAAAACUAGCGAAGGGACUUAACCAACAUAUUGACUGCUGCAAAUAUUAAGGGAAGACACAAGAAGGUUACAUGUUUGGUUGUCUAAUAUUCUUGGAUUUGAUAGAAGUCAGCACAUCUGUUCAUCAUCAGCAUAUCUGUUUGUAUGCACAUUUAGUCACAUUCAUACCCAUUCCGUUCUCAGUAAUGACUUUCAAG